CCUUCUCGUGUGUGGGGGGUGUGAGUGUGUGGGAUGGGGCGGCCGCGCACAGGGGCCGCCCCGGAGGGGGAGGCGUCUGCCCUGCGAGACUCGCCGGCGUGUCCGGGCUCAGGCGCCCUCGGCCAGGAGGCGCGGGAGGCGCGGAGCUGCUGCAGCCGUCCUGCCGCCGUCCGCGCGGGCCGGCCGUCCCCUCGGGGCCCCAGGGCUCCGGGCCCGUGGCUCCGGGGGACGGGCGGGGACCCCUGGGGCCCGCCCGCCGCCGCCGCCGCCGCCGCCCGGGGGGCCGAGGACGCCGCCCGCCGGGCGCCGAAGAGCGGCCGCCGGCCCCCGCGCAGCGCGCCAGUCUCCGGAAGCCCGGCACACGGCGCGCUGGGGCCGGGGCGGCGGCCGGGCCCGGGGGCCCCCGCCGGCCGCGGCGCUCGUGGGCAGCGCUGUGUGGCGCGUGGAGCGCGCGGGGGCCGGGGGCUGGCGCUGGGAGCGCGCCGUCGGCGUGGACUGCAGCGCCCCGGAGCCGCGCUGCCUCUGGCUGCCCUGCCUCAGCCACAGCGACCGCCGCGCGCCCGGGCGGCGCCCGGCCAGGCUGCCACUGGGCCCAAGAGAUGGGUGCUUUCCCGGGCGCCCCCUCCCCUGGCAGGGCCCGAGGACACUGCGGCUGCACAAAAGCCUCCAGGACGGCUUUGGCUUCACCCUGCGCCACUUCAUCGUGUACCCGCCUGAGUCCGCCGUGCACUGUAGCCUGAAGGAGGAAGAGAAUGGAGGCCGAGGAGGAGGACCCUCCCCCCGGCACCGCCUGGAGCCCAUGGACACCAUCUUCGUCAAGAAUGUGAAGGAGGAUGGCCCUGCCCAUAGGGCGGGGCUUCGAACAGGAGACCGGCUGGUGAAGGUGAAUGGGGAGAGCGUCAUCGGGAAGACCUACUCCCAGGUCAUAGCUCUGAUCCAGAAUAGCGAUGAUACCCUGGAGCUCUCCAUCAUGCCCAAGGACGAGGACAUCCUCCAGCUGGCCUACUCCCAGGACGCCUACCUGAAGGGGAACAAGCCGUAUUCUGGAGAGGCCCGGAGCAUCCCAGAGCCACCCCCAAUCUGCUACCCCCGAAAGACCUACGCCCCGCCGGCCCGGGUCUCUACCUGGGCCACUAUGGUGCCUGAGCCGCUCUCAGCACUGCCCAGUGACCCCCGGAGUCCUGCUGCCUGGAGUGACCCGGGGCCCCGCAUCCCGUCUACUGCCCGCUCCCAUCCGGACAACCCUUCCUUGGGGAUGAGCCAGCCCCGCCCCAGCCCUGGUGCCUUCCCCCACCUCCCCUCGGAGCCCCGGACGCUUCGUGCCUUCCCGGAGCCUGGCAGCCGGGUGCCCCCCAGCAGACUGGAGUGCCAGCAGGCCUUGUCACACUGGCUGUCGAACCAAGUACCCCGCAGGGCGGGGGAGAGACGGUGCCCCGCCAUGCCCCCCCGGGCCCGCAGUGCCUCCCAGGACCGGCUGGAGGAUGUGACUGCCCACCGCCCGUGGCCCUGCUCCACCUCCCAGGGUGCCUUGAGCCAGCUGGGCCAUGAGGGCCGGCUCCGCGCUCGCUCAGACGACUACCUGAGCCGGGCCACCCGCUCAGCCGAGGCGCUUGGGCCAGGGGCACUGGUGUCGCCCCGCUUCGAGCGCUGUGGCUGGGCUUCCCAGCGUCCGUCUGCCCGCACCCCUGCCUGCCCACCCAGGGACCUGCCCGGGCCCCAGGCCCCACCCCCGCCUGGCCUGCAGGGCCUGGAUGACGCUGGGUAUAUCGGAUACCGGAGCUAUAGCCCAUCAUUCCAGCGCCGGACUGGACUUCUGCACGCCCUCUCCUUCCGGGACUCGCCCUUUGGGGGGCUGCCCACCUUCAACUUGGCCCAGUCCCCUGCACCAUUCCCACCGGAGGCCUCUGAACCACCAAGAGUUGUCCGACCAGAACCUGGCACCAGGGCCUUGGAGCCUCCCGCCGAGGAUCGCCGUGACGAAGUGGUCCUGAGGCAGAAGCCUCCAACGGGCCGCAAGGUCCAGCUGCCCCCUUCCAGACAGAUGAACCUUGGGUUUGGUGACGAGUCCCCAGAGCCAGAGGCCAGUGGGCGAGGGGAACGCCUGGGCAGAAAGGUGGCCCCUUUGGCCACUACUGACGACUCUCUGGCUUCCAUUCCCUUCAUCGAUGAGCCCACCAGCCCCAGCAUUGACCUCCAAGCCAAGCACGUCCCUGCUUCUGCUGUGGUCUCCAGCGCCAUGAACUCAGCCCCUGUCCUGGGCACCAGCCCCUCCUCCCCAACCUUCACCUUUGCCCUCGGCCGCCAUUACUCCCAGGACUGCAGCAGCAUCAAGGCCGGCCGGCGCUCCUCCUACCUGCUGGCCAUCACCACCGAACGCUCCAAGUCCUGCGACGACGGGCUCAACACCUUCCGGGACGAGGGCCGGGCUCUGCGGCGCCUGCCGAACCGCGUGCCCAGCCUGCGGAUGCUCCGAAGCUUCUUCACUGAUGGGUCCUUGGAUAGCUGGGGCACUUCCGAAGACGCUGACGCUCCUUCCAAGCGACACUCAACCUCUGACCUCUCGGACGCAACCUUCAGCGACAUCAGGAGAGAAGGCUGGUUGUAUUAUAAGCAGGUCCUCACCAAGAAGGGGAAGAAAGCUGGCGGCGGCCUGCGCCAGUGGAAGCGGGUGUACGCCGCGCUGCGGGCGCGCUCGCUCUCGCUGAGCAAGGAGCGGCGGGAGCCCGGGCCGGCGGCGGCGGGGGCGGCGGCGGCCGUCGCAGGUGAGGACGAGGCGGCGCCCGUCUGCAUCGGCUCCUGCCUGGUGGACAUCUCCUACAGCGAGACCAAGAGGAGGCACGUGUUCCGGCUGACCACCGCUGACUUCUGUGAAUAUCUCUUUCAGGCUGAGGACCGGGAUGACAUGCUGGGCUGGAUCAGAGCGAUCCGAGAGAACAGCAGGGCCGAGGGCGAGGACCCCGGCUGUGCCAACCAAGCUCUGAUCAGCAAGAAGCUUAAUGAUUAUCGCAAAGUGAGCCAUAGCUCUGGGCCCAAAGCUGAUUCCUCCCCCAAAGGCUCUCGUGGCCUGGGGGGCCUCAAGUCUGAGUUCCUCAAACAGAGUACAGCACGUGGCCUCAGGACUCAGGACCAGGCUGCAGGGAGCAAGGAUGACAGUGUCUCCACCCCCAAAACCCCCUGGGGCAUCAACAUCAUCAAGAAGAACAAGAAGGCAGCCCCCAGGGCAUUUGGGGUCCGACUGGAGGAGUGCCAGCCAGCCACAGAGAACCAGCGUGUCCCCCUGAUCGUGGCUGCAUGCUGUCGCAUUGUGGAGGCACGGGGGCUGGAGUCCACAGGCAUUUACCGGGUGCCAGGCAACAACGCAGUGGUGUCCAGCCUGCAGGAGCAGCUCAACCGUGGCCCCGGGGACAUCAACCUGCAGGAUGAGCGCUGGCAGGACCUCAACGUGAUCAGCAGCCUGCUCAAGUCCUUCUUCCGAAAGCUGCCUGAGCCUCUUUUCACCGAUGACAAAUACAAUGACUUCAUCGAGGCCAAUCGCAUUGAAGAUUCGAGGGAGCGGAUGCAGACUCUGCGGAAGCUGAUCCGGGAUCUGCCAGGACAUUACUAUGAAACACUCAAAUUCCUCGUGGGCCAUCUGAAGACCAUAGCUGACCACUCGGAGAAAAACAAGAUGGAGCCCCGGAACCUGGCCCUAGUCUUCGGGCCAACGCUGGUGAGGACGUCCGAGGACAACAUGGCGGAUAUGGUGACCCACAUGCCUGACCGCUACAAGAUUGUGGAGACGCUGAUCCAGCACUCAGACUGGUUCUUCAGCGACAACGAGGACAAGGGAGAGAGAACCCCUGUGGACGACAGGGAGCCUCAGUCAGUGCCAAACAUCGAGUACCUCCUGCCUAACAUUGGCAGGACAGUGCCCCCUGGUGAGCCAGGCUCAGAUUCUACCACCUGUAGUUCAGCCAAGUCCAAGGGCUCGUGGGCCCCCAAGAAGGAGCCGUACUCCCGGGAGAUGCUGGCGAUCUCCUUCAUCUCGGCGGUCAACCGCAAGAGGAAGAAGCGGCGGGAGGCGCGGGGGCUGGGCAGCAGCACAGACGACGACUCGGAGCAGGAGGCGCACAAGCCCGAGGCGGGGGCGGGGACGCCGGCGCCGGGGGCCCAGGACCGGCCGGAGGGGCAGCGGCCGGGCGCCGCCGCCCCCGAGGCCCCCGGGCGCCUCAGCCCCCCGGCGGCGCUGGAGGAGCGGCCGGCCGCGGACACGCGCUCCAUCGUCUCGGGCUACUCCACUCUGUCCACCAUGGACCGCAGCGUGUGCUCGGGCGCCGGGGGCCGGCGAGCGGGCGCGGGGGACGAGGCGGACGACGAGCGCAGCGAGCUUAGCCACGUGGAGACGGACACGGAGGGCGGCGCAGGGCCCGGGGGGCUCCCGGAGCGCCAGCCCUCGUUCAGCUCGCACCACCUGAUGCCCGGCGACACCCUGGCGCGGCGCCGCCUGGCCCGGAGCCGAGCGGACGGCGAGGGCGCGGGCGCGGCCGUCGGGCUGCCGGGCUCCGCCUCGUCCAGCAGCCAGGAGUCGCUGCGUCCCCCUGCGGCCCUGGCGGCGGCGGCGGCGGCGCUGGGCUCGCGGCCCUCGCGCCUCGAGGCGCUGCGGCUGCGCCUCCGCGGCACCGCGGACGACAUGCUGCCGGUGCGGCUUAGGCGGCCGCUGUCUCCCGAGACGCGGCGGCGCCGGAGCAGCUGGCGCCGCCACACGGUGGUGGUGCAGAGCCCGCUGACCGACCUCAACUUCAACGACUGGAAGGAGCUGGGCGGAGGGGGCUCCCCGGAGCCCGUGGGCCCGCGGGCGCACAGUGACAACAAGGACUCGGGCCUCAGCAGCCUGGAGUCCACCAAGGCGCGGGUUCCGUCGACCGCCGCCUCGUUGCCGCCCGCGCCCGGGGAGCCAGGGGCCCUGCAGAGCCAGCCCCCGCGCCGCUCGGCCGCCUCCCGCCUCCAUCAGUGUCUGUGACCGCCCCUCCCUCCACCUCCGCGCCGAGCGCCCCUUUGACCCACCCGGAGCCCCUUGGUUUCCCAGGAAUCGCCUCUGCUUGCACCUCCGCCCCGCCUUGUUGCCCCUGGGAGCAUACGGGUGCAAGUGGGAGGCGCUGAGGCCGUGUCUCUGGUUUGUGCGCUGGAAUUGCUAGGGGGCGGGCAGAGAAGACGGGACUGGACGCAGAGUGUGAGUGGGAGGGAGGGGGGCUCCGGGGCUGAGGAGACGGAGAGGGGCUAGGCUGCUGAGGCUCUGGGCAGGGCUCCUGGGGCGGUUCUCUGUCCCUUGGAUAAGUGACAGAGUGUGCCCUUCUGGGCCUUUGUGUCGCACUUAGGGACCCUUGUCGGCCAUGAGGUGUGGAUAGGGACCCCCCAAGCCUCACACUAAAGAAAAGACACUGGGUGAUGCUGGCUCUUCACUCCUUUCCUCUGCCCACCUCCCCGCAAUUAGCUCCUAGCUGCCAGCUAAGGGAGGGCGGUUGUGUAUGUAUGUCUGGGGAGAGGAGGUGCAGGGUGGUGGUGUCCAUGGGGGGAGGGGCGUGGUGUGUGCGAGUGUGUGUAGUCACUGUCCCAAAGUGUUCCCAGUAGCAACUUCUGCCACUCCUGCCCCCUUCAAACCCAGCUCCCACCGGGGCUCCCUGCCUUCGGUGCACACAGGGAUCCUGCCCCCCUGCUGCUUGUCAGCGCCAGAGAAGGGGGGUAGGACUUCUCAACCUUCUCAAGAGGCAGGACUGAGACUCACCAGGGUUAUUCCCCCACCACCACCUUUUUCCAAUCUCUAAAUCACACUCCCCAAGUGGUUUGACCACGGGAAUCUGCCUGUUCCCCAGACGGUUUGGGGAGGGUCCAUGGUCACCCCUGCUAGACCUCUUGCCCCUCUAUUUGUUCUUCCAGCUGUGCCUGCUCCUUCCAUAGCUGAAGCACACAGGCCCGAACCUUCUUCCCUUUAGGAGGGGGCGUAGAAAACAUCCCUGGUGUCUCUCUCUCUCUCUCUCUCUCCCCCCACUCAACAUGCACGCACGUGCGCGCGCAUGCGGACACACUGAUUGAUGAGCUCUCAGCCGGGCUGCUCCUUUUGGAAGGGUGGGUGGGACCCAGCCCCCUCUUCUCCCCACAAGUUGUAAAUAGACCUCAGAUCACAGGCCUCCCCACACACGCCCUCACUCAUUCCAGGGAAGCCCAGGUGGGGUUGUGAACCCACUGCCACGUCUAUCAGUCCUCUUGUUUUAUGCAAAGAUUUGCUGUAAAGUAGAUUUCUCGCUCCUCCCUCCCUCAUCCUUUAUUGUAAAUAUUGUCUCUAAAUGUGUAACAUAUUAUAAAGAAUUUAUAAGGAUUUUUAAAGAUGUUUUGCUCAUUUAAAAAAGUGCUGUAACAGUGUUGGAUAAGCCUCUGCUCCACGUCCGCAUGUCUCCUUUCACUGUGUCCUCGACACACCUCUCUAGGCGACAACUAAGAUUUCCUGCUUCUGAAAAGUCCUGUCUGAAAAGUAUAGUCUAUAUCUUGGAAAUAAAUGGCCUUCCUCGA